CCAGUUUCCCGGAGUCUGGUUUAGGCUUUGCUGUUGCGUUGUAGCUGGCGGACGGCAGGCAGGCUGAGCUCUGCCACACGCAGCCAAGCGGCCUGGGGCGCACCCGAUGCGCUCCGGGAGUCCAAAUCUGGCGCACCGCAGGGGGCAGUAUCCUCUUCCUCCGUUGCUCUGUCUUGUCCGGGCUUCUGCAGGCGCAUCACCCGCUGGUCCCCCACCUUUUGCACCGGUUGUGGGUCUUCAUCCGAGUCUCGCUUACAUAAGGCGGCUGGGCGUCCUCCUGCUGCCGCCGACCCGACCCCAGCAGUGGAGUUGAGCUUUUGCCCUACAGGGCUCCUUCCUGAGCUCCUCUGUGAAGUUGCAAGCACCCCCAACGAGGAGGUGACCCUCCCUGGCUGCCAGCAGUAGCAACAGCAGCAGCCAGGGCGUCCGUGCCCUUGUGGGAAGGCUGUGAUUGGAGCUGGGAGAGGCUCGCAGUGCCCAAGCGCCUUUCCUCUGCUCCCUCCUCCUUCCCCCCACCCCGUGGCUGUACGUGUUCCUCGCCAGCAAGGGGACCCGGCGAGCAGUCCUGCUCGGCGCACGGAGGAGCUGCGGCUGCUCUUGCUGCUGUGCGAAGAGGCGGAGGUGGCCCUCUUGCGCCUCCCCGGACUUCCCAAGUGGGGGCAGAGCAGGCACUGAGUGGAGACAUCAGUUAGAAGGCACUGGCAGAGACAGACCGGCAAACUCCUCCUCAGCUUCUGCUCUCCACCCCCUUUCGGUGCCUGCCCUUGGAGAAAGUGGAGUGUGGUGCUGGAUUGUGGGGACUUCUUCGGACUGCUUCUCGGCGCAGAGUCAGCGGCUGCCCAGCGGGGCAGCUGAAAGCUGUUUGCACCUCUUUUGGGUAGCUCUCCACCGCACCCUUCUAGUAACCAUGAGGAAAGGUCUGCGGGGGACAGCGGCCCGCUGCGGACUGGGACUGGGAUACGUGCUGCAAAUGCUCGUGUUACCUGCCCUGGCCCUGCUCAGCGCCAGCGGCACGGGCUCCGCCGCUCAAGAUGAUGACUUUUUUCAUGAACUCCCAGAAACCUUUCCAUCUGAUCCACCUGAGCCUCUACCACAUUUCCUUAUUGAACCUGAGGAGGCUUAUAUUGUGAAGAACAAGCCGGUGAACCUGUACUGUAAAGCCAGCCCUGCUACCCAGAUCUACUUCAAGUGCAACAGUGAGUGGGUGCAUCAGAAGGACCAUGUAGUGGAUGAGAGAGUAGAUGAAACAUCCGGUCUCAUUGUCCGGGAGGUGAGCAUUGAGAUUUCACGGCAGCAAGUGGAAGAACUCUUUGGGCCUGAGGAUUACUGGUGCCAGUGCGUGGCCUGGAGCUCAGCAGGCACCACAAAGAGCCGGAAGGCGUACGUGCGCAUCGCAUAUCUGCGGAAGACAUUUGAGCAGGAACCCCUGGGAAAGGAAGUAUCCUUGGAACAAGAAGUCUUACUCCAGUGCCGACCACCUGAAGGGAUCCCAGUGGCUGAGGUUGAGUGGUUGAAGAAUGAAGACAUAAUUGAUCCCGUUGAAGAUCGGAACUUUUACAUCACCAUUGAUCACAAUCUCAUCAUUAAGCAGGCCCGCCUCUCGGACACUGCGAAUUACACCUGUGUUGCCAAAAACAUCGUGGCCAAGAGAAAAAGCACAACCGCCACUGUCAUAGUCUAUGUGAACGGUGGCUGGUCUACCUGGACAGAGUGGUCCGUGUGCAACAGCCGGUGUGGACGAGGGUAUCAGAAGCGUACAAGGACCUGCACCAACCCAGCACCACUCAAUGGUGGUGCCUUCUGUGAGGGACAGAGUGUGCAGAAAAUAGCCUGUACUACAUUAUGCCCCGUGGAUGGCAGGUGGACCUCAUGGAGCAAGUGGUCUACGUGCGGGACUGAGUGUACCCACUGGCGUAGAAGGGAAUGUACUGCACCAGCCCCCAAGAACGGAGGCAAGGACUGCGACGGGCUGGUCUUGCAAUCCAAGAACUGCACUGACGGGCUCUGCAUGCAAAGUUUCAUUUAUCCUAUUUCAACUGAACAGAGAACCCAGAAUGAAUAUGGAUUUUCUUCCGCUCCUGACUCAGAUGAUGUUGCUCUCUAUGUUGGGAUUGUGAUCGCCGUGAUUGUUUGCCUUGCCAUCUCCGUAGUGGUGGCCCUAUUUGUAUAUCGAAAGAAUCACCGUGACUUUGAAUCAGAUAUUAUUGACUCAUCAGCACUCAAUGGAGGAUUUCAGCCUGUGAACAUUAAGGCAGCAAGACAAGAUCUUCUGGCGGUGCCUCCAGACCUCACUUCAGCUGCAGCCAUGUACAGGGGUCCCGUCUAUGCCCUACACGAUGUCUCAGACAAAAUCCCAAUGACCAAUUCUCCCAUUCUGGAUCCACUACCCAACCUGAAAAUCAAAGUGUUCAACACGUCAGGUACUGUCACUCCCCAGGAUGACCUGUCUGAGUUCACAUCCAAGCUGUCCCCCCAGAUGACCCAAUCCUUGCUGGAGAAUGAGGCUCUCACCCUGAAGAACCAGAGUCUGGCAAGGCAGACGGAUCCAUCUUGCACUGCGUUCGGCACCUUCAACUCCCUCGGCGGCCACCUCAUUGUUCCCAACUCAGGAGUCAGCUUGCUGAUUCCCGCUGGGGCCAUUCCCCAAGGGAGAGUCUACGAAAUGUAUGUGACUGUACACAGGAAAGACAAUAUGAGGCCACCCACAGAGGACUCGCAGACCCUUCUGACCCCAGUGGUGAGCUGUGGACCUCCAGGAGCCCUGCUGACCCGCCCUGUCAUCCUUACCAUGCACCACUGUGCAGAUCCUGACACUGAAGACUGGAAGAUUCAGCUCAAGAACCAGGUGGCACAGGGACAGUGGGAGGACGUGGUGGUAGUUGGAGAGGAAAACUUCACCACCCCUUGCUACAUUCAGCUGGAUGCAGAGGCCUGCCACAUCCUCACAGAGAACCUCAGCACCUACGCCCUGGUCGGACAGUCCACCAACAAGGCAGCAGCGAAACGUCUGAAGCUGGCCAUCUUUGGGCCCCUCUGUUGCUCCUCCCUAGAGUACAACAUCCGGGUCUACUGUCUGGAUGACACACAGGAUGCCCUGAAGGAAGUUCUGCAACUUGAGAGACAGAUGGGAGGACAGCUUCUAGAAGACCCCAAGGCUCUUCAUUUUAAAGGGAGCACCCACAACCUGCGCCUUUCGAUUCAUGACAUCGCCCAUUCCCUCUGGAAGAGCAAAUUGCUGGCUAAGUAUCAGGAAAUUCCUUUUUAUCAAAUCUGGAGUGGAUCUCAGAGACACCUGCACUGUACCUUCACUCUGGAAAGAUUCAGCCUGAACACAGUGGAGCUGGUGUGUAAACUCUGUGUGCGGCAGGUGGAAGGAGAAGGCCAGAUCUUCCAGCUCAACUGCACGGUGUCAGAGGAACCUACGGGCAUGGAUUUGCCACUGCUGGAUCCUGCAAGUACCAUCACCACUGUCACGGGACCGAGCGCCUUCAGCAUCCCUCUCCCAAUCCGGCAGAAGCUCUGUAGCAGCCUGGAUGCACCACAAACUCGAGGCCAUGACUGGAGGAUGCUAGCCCAUAAGCUCAACCUGGACAGGUACUUGAAUUACUUUGCCACCAAAUCAAGCCCAACCGGUGUAAUCCUGGAUCUCUGGGAAGCACAGAACUUCCCGGAUGGAAACCUGAGCAUGCUGGCAGCUGUCCUAGAAGAGAUGGGAAGACAUGAAACAGUAGUGUCGUUAGCGGCAGAAGUGCAGUAUUGACCAUGUGGGAGGCAAAAGUAGACACACACAGGGAGUCUGUGGUCGCCCAGGGGUGUCACAGCACAAACGGACAUCGGACCAAUGAGCUUCACAGGCCAGAUCCCAGUAGGAAGAGAGAGAUGAAAACCAGAUACACCUUCUGAUAUACAUGCCCACUUUCCUCGGACAGCAUUGCCAGAGUUAAGCAAAAUUGUGUAAAUUUGUACCUUGAAUUUAGAAACCAACCUAAUUUUCCUCUUAGUUGGGCUGUAUGCUGUGUGGUACAGGAUCUUACAGUUUCCUAGGAAACGCUUUUUAUUGCUAUCCAGAUGUAUGGAUAAACUUUCUUAACAAACCCAAUUUCUACAAACGUUGUUUACAUCGAAUUGGACAGGGAUGCAGACACUGUCCAUGGCUCGUUCUAUUUUUGUUCAAAUCAUUUGAAGUUGAAGCUGUGGACGGUUUGUUGUGUCUAUUUCAGAUUAGUAAUUUACAGAGAAAUCACAGACUUUUGCUACAAAUCAUGUGCAUCGAGUGUCUCGGAUAAUCCUCCAUCCGUGUUCUGUUUCUAGGACUUGUAGAACCAGUAUUACUGUUUGUAUCAGGGAAGUGGAGAAUUUAAGUGUCAGGGAGAAAGGACUAAGACUCCUUGUUCCUCCGGGGGGAGGCCUGCCUGGUGCCCUUUGAGAAUCAAACUGUAGUGUUGCAGGGAAGAAUGUGAUUCACAUCCAACCAUACAAACAAGCGUUCCUCCACAUCACGUAUGUCAUAGGCAGUUGGAAGUGGUGUUUGCUUUUUAAAAAGAUAUCAUUGUUAUUAUUACCCUUACUGUUACUAUUGAUGUAUAUUUGCAAGUAUUCUAGCAAAGACUUUCUUUCAACUUCUUUUUUUUUUUUCUAUUAGCAGUUCUGUUAGUAGUUGGGAAUUGACUGGACCUACUCUACCUUCUCACAGAACAGAGUGGGAGUGAUCACCAUUUGAACAGCCCUUGCUUCCUUGACCUUUGACCCUUCUACCUGUCUGCAGUGGAAAAACAGGAAAAGAUGACUGGUUUGAUCCAUGUUUUCUUUUCAACUUGCUUAGUCAGGCUCUUUCUCCUCUAGGUCUUACCAAGAGAAGUAUAACAUGUGGUCAUCAGUGUUGACUCCCUACCAUGGUCCUCUGUCUUUAGGGCUACAUGGUAAGAGGACCAGUUCCUAAGUUGGAAUCAGGGUUUAAUACCGCUGAGCUGCGCUACUUUGGGAGCAUUUAGCCUUCCUGGACUUGAAGUUCUGCAGUAAAUGAAGGUGGAAGUGUGUCAUCUCGAGGUUCUAAGAUGCUGUCUUUUAUUGUCAUGCUUCCAGUCUCACGCCUUGUUUAAAACUCACAGUGGACUCUGGCCUGGUUUCUUCAAAUAAUUAAUUAGUCUUUUGUCCAGGCUACAUUAUGCCUUUCAAAGAGUUCUGAUGUGGAAACUAAUUAUACUAAAUAGCAACAUACUUUGACUGCCUUUCAAAUCUUGAUUUUAUUUCACCUCAUUCCAAAGUUCACUAAGAGAUGGCAUCCCUCCAUUUCU